UGAAAGAGCUGUUGUAAUCCUGUUCUACGUGGGAGGCAAAGUAUAUAAAGAAAUGAGAGAAAAUGUCACAGCGAGACUCACCACCUACCAGGGUUGUUAAAAUCGGAACAAGUGGAAUCCGCAUUAUCUGUUAAAAGUCACAUCGGACCAGGUCUCUGUAUCCAGCAGCUUUCCAGCAUGAGUCAAAAGACAGGAAAGGUUUUCAAAAAGACCAGCCCCAAUCAGAAGCUCUCACUCUACCUGGGAAAGCGAGACUUUGUUGACCAUAUUGACAAAGUGGAUCCAGUUGAUGGAGUAUUGCUGAUUGACCCAGAGUACCUAAAGGACAGGAAAGUUUACGUGACGUUGACGUGUGCAUUCCGAUAUGGCCGUGAUGAUUUGGACGUUAUUGGCCUUAGUUUCCGAAAGGAUAUUUACACGGAGGCAAUCCAGGUCUAUCCACCACUUCCCAAAAGCAAGAAGCAACUGACCUCACUGCAGGAGAAAAUGAUUAACAAACUGAAGGAGAACUGCUACCCUUUCUGCUUUGAGAUUCCAACCAACCUGCCAUGUUCGGUUACCUUACAACCUGGCCCAGAUGACCAAGGAAAGGCGUGCGGUGUAGACUUUGAAGUGAAAGCAUUCUGUGCCGAUAACCUGGAAGAGAAGAUUCAUAAAAGGAAUUCAGUGAGACUGAUUAUCCGUAAGGUACAGUUCGCUCCAGAGCAAAAGACCUUACAACCCAUGUCGGAAGCCACUCGUCAGUUCCUCAUGUCGGACAAGCCACUGCACCUGAAGGCAUCACUUAGCAAAGAGAUAUACUACCACAAUGAACCUAUAGACGUCACAGUUUGCAUCACCAAUAACACAAGCAAGGUGGUGAAGAAGAUUAAGUUAUCAGUUGAUCAAGUCACUGAUGUAGUCCUUUAUCAACUUGACAAAUAUACAAAGACGGUGGCUGUGGAGGAAUGGGAUGAAACUGUGGCUGCCAAUUCUAACUUCACCAAAGUUUACAAAGUGACUCCUGCUCUGGCCAACAAUCGGAAGAAACGAGGCCUGGCCUUAGAUGGGAAACUCAAACACGAGGACACUAACUUGGCCUCGAGCACCAUGCUCAGACCAGAACUCGAUAAAGAGGUCCUUGGAAUGCUUGUCUCCUACCUGAUGAAGGUGAAGGUGAUAGCCUCCCGAGGCGGAAUCCUGGGAGAUCUCACUUCAAGCGAGAUGAUGGUGGAGAUUCCUUUUUACCUGAUGCACCCUAAACCCAGUGAGGUGCCGAAGAUAUUGUAAUUGAAGACUUCAAUCGUCAAAAGAUUGAUGGAGAAAAAGAUGAUGAAGAGGAAGAGAUGGCAGCUAACGAAGGAGAAAAUUAAAAUGCAAUGAAACAGACACAAGGCAGAAAGGAAGCUGGCAUAACGUUGUAGGCCAAAAGGCCUGUAUUGUGCUGUAAAGUGCUGUGAGGUGGUAGGUGAAUGCAAGAUUGUGAGAAAUUAAGACUAUUAAAAAACAUCAUUUGCUUUCUUUCAAUUGUAGUCAACAGUCAGCUUUAUUGUUGACCUUCAUGUUUUAGACCGGGCAAUCUGGUCAUUGGCUGAGAUCCUGGCAAGUGUUUAAAACAUAGAGCAGGCUUUAUCUGCUGAC